AUUAAUGCUUCAUCAAUUGUCAACAUUAAAAGACCGUGAUGCUGAAAAAUAAACAAAUUGAUUAUCGCUUGCUCUUAAUUAUUUCUACGAGGACCAACACAUUUCAAUAUUUUAUCUUUACAUACGUGUAUAUGACGAAUAACUUAAACAGGAAAGCAGACUACCGAUGCUGUGGUGCGUAGAACAGCAGGGCAGAAGGUGCUUUGUCGUCUUGCUUGAGGCCCUGCAUGUGCAUGGACUGUGGGCGGAGCCUGUCCCGGGUGAUUGAUGGGCAGUGAUUGUAUCAAUGACUGCUACAUUGAUUGGGCAACUAGUGGAGAUGAAGUCGUGUGGCUGCUGUAUGUGUUAUCAGUGUUGUCAUUUAAACAGGAACAAAGUCUGCACAGAUAUCAGUAGGUCAGAGGUCAGCGCACUGACAGGGAACAGAUUCUGAUGAUUCAACAGAAGCAGCAGGAAGAGAGAAGGAGCUCAUGACCAAGAACAUCUAGAGAGACACAUCUGAGGAACAUCCGGACGGCCGCUGCCUCUGCUCACUAAAGGUCGACGUCUGACCCUCCAUGUCUGAAUCUACCAUGAACCCGCCGAGGGACAAUCAUCUGUUCUUUCAGGUACUCUGCUGUAUGGCUCAUCUUCUUCACUCUGGGGCUCGGAACUUUGUUGCCCUGGAACUUCUUCAUGACAGCAACAAUGUACUUCACCAGUCGCCUGAAAGAGCCACAAGAAUUUAAUUCCUUGGACAACGGCACGGAUGCGACGGGGGUUCGGAAUCUUCUGGAAGCCAAGUUCAAUAACGUGAUGACGCUGUGCUCGAUGCUGCCGCUGCUCACCUGCACCGCCCUCAACUCCUUCCUACACGCUCGGGUCCCUCAGAAGGUCCGAGUGCUGGGCAGCCUGCUGGUGAUCCUGAGCGUCUUCGUGGUCACAGCUGCCCUGGUCAAAGUCCCGCUGGAGCCGCUGCCAUUCUUCAUCAUCACCAUGGUGAUGAUCGUCAUCAUCAACUCGUUCGGCGCCGUCCUUCAGGGGAGUCUGUUUGGAAUGGCCGGCGCGCUGCCCGCGUCCUACACCACACCCAUCAUGAGCGGCCAGGGCCUCGCCGGCACGUUCGCUGCUGUCGCCAUGAUCUGCGCCAUCGCAAGCGGCUCAGAGCUCCACGACGCAGCAUUCGGUUACUUCCUCACCGCUUGUGCGGUGAUCCUCCUGUCAGUCAUCUCCUACCUGAUGCUGCCCAAACUGGACUUCUAUCUGUUCCAUCAGAACAGCGGGCCACAGCGGUCAGCAGUGGAAGAGCCGCUGACUUCAGUCAAUCUUCACAGCCCAGGACUUGACAGUGCAGUGAUGGAUCAGAAACCACAGAGCCAGAACGUCUCCAUGAUGGGCAUCUUUAAAAAGAUCUGGUCAGUGGCUCUCUCUGUGUGUUUCACCUUCACCAUCACCAUCGGCACCUUUCCCGCCAUCACAGCCGACACCAGGUCCACUCUCGCAGCAGAGUCAUCCUGGAAUGUUUACUUCAUUCCUGUUUGCUGUUUCCUGUUCUUUAACCUGAGUGACUGGGGUGGGCGGAGCCUGUCAGCCCUCUGCACCUGGCCUGGCAUGGACAGCUGGCUGGUUCCAGCCCUGGUUGUGGCCCGUGUGGUCUUUGUGCCACUCUUCAUGCUGUGCAAUGUUCAGCCUCGCUUCCAGCUGCCCAUCUUCUUUCACCAUGACGGCUGGUUCAUCCUCUUCAUGGUUCUGUUUGCCUUCUCCAACGGGUACCUGGCCAGCCUCUGCAUGUGCUUCGGACCCAAGAAAGUUCUACCUCAUGAAGCCGAGUCUGCCGGAGUCAUCAUGGCCUUCUUCCUCACUCUGGGCCUGGCUCUCGGUGCCGGGCUCUCCUUCCUCUUCAGAGCCCUCGUCUAAGGGGGUCCAGGACUGUUGCCGCCAUUCCAUAUCAUCUAUGCUGUUUAUACUUCUCUGCACUUUUACUUGAGAACCACAGCUAGACCGAGUAGGUCAGAGCCUGCAGUGUGUCGGCAUGUGUGUCUUGUCUGUGUCUAACUUAAUGAUUGUGUGAAUGUGUGUGUGUGUAUGACAUUUCUUGGUGUGUGUGUGUUCCUUGUUUAGCUAUACCUGUGAGGACUUGUGAGGAGAGCACCCCACAAGUUUAAGCUUCAAUUUGAGGGUUAUAAUUGGAUUUCAGUUUGGCUCAGAGUCCUCAUUAAGGUUAGCUAUUUGCUUUUGAUGGUUAUGUUUAGGGGGAGAGCAUUAUGGCAAUGAGAGGUCCCCACAAGGAGAGAGAUACAAACAUAUAUGUGUUUAUUCAAAAUAGAAAUUUAUUGACAGUUGAAAUUAUAAACAAAUAUGUAUCUCAUAAAUAUCAUUAGUUAAAUAAGUAUUUAUACAUGACACGUGACCUUUGUCUUCUACAUUCUGAUCAUGUGACGUUCACAGUAAAACAUGUAAAAGACUCAAUGAUAAAAUAAAAUACA